UUUCUUUUAAAAAUUAAAAAAAAACCUUAUCCAUUUGAGUGUUUUCGUCAUCUAUAAAUUGAGCAAUAUCCAACGCAGGUGCAUCCUCCACGAUGUCGAUACCACGCGCAAUAGUACUGUUAGUAUUCGCCUUAUCGCCGUCAGCUCUGGCUAGCGCUGCCGACUGCACCAUAACCUUAUUCUCUCAAGUAGAGGACGUAAUUUCCAACUGCACUGACAUCGUUGUUAAAGACCUUACCGUCCCUGGCGGGGAGUCGUUGGAACUAGACCUGCAGACCGGUUCAACAUUAACCUUCGAGGGUAAAAUAUUAUUCGAGGUGUCCAACUGGGCGGGGCCGUUGGUGAGCAUCAAAGGCUCCCAGCUCAGGGUCCAAGGUGCGGCUGGUCACGUGCUCGACGGGCAAGGUAAACAAUAUUGGGACGGUCUGGGUGGUAGCGGUUCGGCGAAGCCCAGUUUCUUCUCCAUCAGUUACGUAGAGAACUCGACCUUCAGCGGCAUCAACAUCCUCAACUGCCCCAUCAAUUGCGUGUCCGUCGUCAGCUCCAACGACGUGGUGCUGGACGGCUUCACCGUCGACGUGUCUGAAGGUCGCGAGAAAGGAGUAAACACCGACGGUUUCGGCGUGACGUACUGCGUAGACGUCGUCAUUAAAAAUUCGAUCGUCAAGAACCAGGACGAUUGCGUCGUGGUUAAUCAGGGCUAUAACUACACCUUCCAAGACUUGGUCUGCGAGGGUGGUCACGGUUUGAGCUUCUCCGUUGGGUUCGGUAACAUUUCGAUCGGUCAAAACACGGUGCAAAACGUGACCUUCAAGGAUUGCACGGUCCUGAACUCUGCUAAUGGGAUUCACGUCAAGACCCACCCCAAUGCGGGACAGGGCUCAAUCACUGACGUUCUCUACUCCAACAUUACCCUCCAAGGUAUCAAUAACUUUGGCAUCAGCAUCGAGCAGAACUAUCCGGGACACGGCGAGGAACCCAGAGGCAACAUCCUCAUCAAAAACCUGGUAAUGGAGUCCGUUACCGGCAGCAUGGCCGGAAGCAACUCGAUUGCGGUGGAAAUAAUCUGCGGGUUGGGGGGAUGUGAGGAUUGGCAUUGGAACCACGUCGAUAUUACAGGGGCGAGCAACAAUGACAGUUGCAACUACGAACCCGAAGGAUAUGCCUGUUAGGGGGCAGGGACAAGGAAGAAAAUUGUUUUGUAGUCAUUUUCGUUUUAUAUUUAAUUGAAUCUGAGGGCAUAAAAAAUAGUAAUUGGGUUUUGAUCGAAACAAUGGAAGUUUUUUUAUGUGUCAAUUUAUAUACGAACCUAUCGCGUUGGUGGAGAUUUAAUGCGAAACGUACUAGUCACGAGGAAUCAUGAAUUUGCUUGUCCUGGUACUACUGUGCAGUUUUAACGGCAUACAGGUUGUCAGAAAUCUCGACGCACCGUUGCAGAUUUACGGGCAAUGUCGCACGAUGAUCGAUCGCCGCCCCGAACGUACGGCCGCAAGAAAACUGGCACGGGGACGUUUCGACUUUCCGACGGGGGUGGAGGCGGUGAAGCGGGCAAUCGAGAUCGAAAAGAUCUACGCCGAGCUGGGGAAGUUCCCACUGCGGAGGCACGUCGUCACUGGGCUCUACAACCCUUUCUACGCACUGACAGAGACUACUCCGGAGAUGGACUGGUUGAGAAAAGAAUCGUUUUUAUCGUUGGCCGAUUUCUUGCCCUUCAAUUUGUUGGAAUAUGGCUAUCCGUAUUAAUAAAGCCUUAA